AUGUCUAAACGAUCGCUUGAAUGCCAUUCAACAACAUCUACACCAACAGUCACUGAUGAAGUACACAACAAGAAGUGUAUGACAAUGAAAACACAGCCAAUUAUCAUCAAAAUUGAUCACAAAAAUGAUGAAGACUUCAAUCGCAAUCAACAACUGUUGAAAAACAAACGAUUGGAUGACAACACAACUGACAUCAGGUUUGUUGUCGACAAUAUCGAUAUACCCGCACAUCGAGAGGUGAUUGAAAUCUUAAAGGAUAAGAGACAACUGGUUAGAGAAGCCAUAGAAAGAGAGAGAAGACACGCACAACAAGAGAAUGUAGAAGAAGCGAGUGUUUUCCAAAUGACUGGAACUACUGUCGAUGCUUUCAAAAAACUUCUUGAAUAUAUAUAUUACGGACGAGUCGAGUGCGAACUCUCGGUGGCCAUAGAGUUGGCCUCAACGGCACUUAAACUAAAGUUUCAUCCAUUGGUCGCUACAUUGGCUCAAAACUUGGCGAUUCACAAGAGGUCUUGUCUUAGUAUUCAUUCUGUCGAUGAAUUAUAUCACAUCGCGAAGAGUUCAUUGAAUAAAGAUCUUAUGAAUGGUUGCGUCAAAUUUAUGGACGAAAAGGCCCGCGAUAUCAAUGACGUGUACCGAUUGCGCGAUAUUAUGCCGCGAGACCCGACAAAUGUGUUGAUCUAUAAGUUGGAUAAACUCAGAUAUAAUAAUUAUUUACACUUUCUAUUACCCGAAGAGUGUGAAGUAUGUUUUGAGGUGAGUUUGUCCACGAAUCGCAAGGAUUGGAUUGUUGUCCUCAAAAACAAUGAGAUUUGGACUAAGUUUUGGAAUUGGGUUUACUUUGAGGAAAAACGAAUCAAAUACGUGAAGAUUAUGAUUACAGACUCCAGAAGCUCUUUCAAUAUCCGCGACUUAGUAUUUGAUGAUAACUUUCUCAUCAAACGGGCUAACGUUGAACUUGAAUUUGACAGACAAACGGGUUAUUUGAUCCCAAAACACGAUGUCAGCAAAUAUCCCAUUCGUAAUACUAAACAGUUCUUAGACUUUCAAAAUGGAAUUUUCACGUUUUGCAACUCAAUUGCUUCCCUCAAAGAUAAGGAAACCAAUUAUUAUUACCACAAUAUAGGUGACGGCAAUUUCCUCGAGUUCUAUCUCUCCCAGACAUGUCUUAUAGAUAGAUUCAGAGUACGGCUCUGGGAUUUAGAUAGUCGUACCUAUGAUUUCAAAGUACAAGUCAAAAAUGAAGACGAAGAUGAAUAUAUCGAUAUUAAAGACAAUAAUGACUCUCUAUUUAGAAAAAAGAAUUCCUGGGUUACGGUUGAUCUGAGAGGUCGUCGACCUGUCCGAUGGAUACGCAUAACUGGAUUAAAAGUCACAGUAUCAUCAAAGGACACAGAGUUUGCUAUCAUUGACUUUGAGUGUCCAUCAACUCAACGAGUAUUAUAA